UGCAUUUUAUUUUCCCUUCAAAUCAUCGGAUCCAAACGGACUGCUUCGGUCUGAUAUUUCUUCAAAGUUCAGUGACAGAAUAAGGAAAAAAUGGAGAUGAGAGCGAGCGAAGACAUCAGCAUAGGCGAAGACCUAACCCCUCCCUCCACUGGCUCCCCUCGCUUUCUCACGCCACUCCUCCUCCCUCCUCUCUCACUGCUCCGCCUGCUUCUCUCCUCUCUCUCCUCCUCCCCACCUUCCAUUCCCCAACCCCUCCUCCUCCUCCUCCUCCGUCCUCUACUGCUCCCCAUAAUGCUUCGAGGCCGACUCCGAUCUCCACCUCUCCAGCGCCGAGCACCACCUCCUCUAAUGCCACUUCCACGGCGGCGGCGACACCUCCGACCUCCGCGCCGCCCUCCGCCUCAUCCGCCGCUUCGAGCUGCUCAACCUCAUUCCCCGCCAAAACUACCACUUUGAGAGAAUUGGCGGUGUGAUGAGCAAUCGCGAUAAAUUGAUGUCUUCCCUGAGCGAAGAAGAAGAAGAAGAAGAAGAAGAAGAAGAAGACGGCGACGUUUUGGCGAGAAUUAGGGAUGGCGCGAAGGCCAUGGCGAUGGCGAGAAGGAUGCGAGACGGCUUGGCUUUAGAAUGCUCGGGGUUAGGGGAGUGUGUAUUGGAAGAGGUGGUGUUGUGUGUGGUGCUAACGAACGCCGUGGAGGUUCAGAUUAGCGGAGGAGGUCCCGCCGUUGGGAUUGCUGUGUACGAUACGACAUUUUCGUGGAUCAAUCACAGCUGCUCCCCCAAUGCUUGUUCCUGGUUUUCGCUGCAGCAUGAGUGUUCCGGUGGCGAGUCGCGGUCGGGCAUUGUUCCUGCCAGCAGUGAUGGAAUUGAAGGAAUGGGAAAUGGUAACAAAUGUGAAUCAACAAAAGUGAGAGCUAAGGAAUAUGGUCCCAGAAUAAUUGUUGGAAGUAUCAAGGCCAUUAACAAGGGUGAGGAGGCGAAGAGGCAGUCAGAGUUAUGGUUGAAGUAUCGCUUUUCUUGUUCCUGUCAGCGAUGUAAUGCAUGGCCCCCAACUUAUGUGGAUCAUACUUUGCAGGAAAUUUCUGCUGUCAAUUGCAAUUGUGCCAACUUGAGUUCUGAUCACAACUACUACAGAUGCGAGGCCAUUACAAGGUUGACCGACUAUGUAGAUGAUGCCAUAACUGAAUAUUUGACAUUUGGUAAUCCCAAAUCUUGCUGUGAGAAGCUUGAGAACUUGCUUACUCAUGGUCUCCUUGAUGGGCAGUUUGAAUCAAAAGAAGAAAAAUCAAAGCAACAAUUUUGGUUGCAUCCCCUCCACCAUCUCUCUUUGAGUGCCUACACCACACUGGCAUCUGCCUAUGAAACCCGUGCAAGUGAUUUGUUGGCUGUGGAUCCUGAAAUGGACGAACUUCAGCUGGAAGCUUUCGAUAUGAGUAGAACUAGUGCAGCAUACUCCUUGUUGCUUGCAGGUGCAACCGAUCAUCUAUUUCUAUCUGAAUCUUCUCUAGUUACAUCUGUUGCAAAUUUCUGGACAAGUGCUGGGGAGUCCUUACUAAAUGUUGCUAGAAGCUGUGUGUGGAAAUUGUUAGUGAAACGGGGGUUAACUAUUGCAGAGCUUUCACAUUUCCCUGGUUAUAAAUGCUGUAACUGUGCAUUGGUGAAUACGUUUGAAACAAACUUUGCUUUUAAUCAAGCUCGAAAUGUAGUGUUUGAGGACACAUCAAGGGAGUUUCUUAAUUGUAUCACAAGUAUAAUGCCAAAGGUCUGGACCUUUCUGAUACAGCGGGGAUGUUACUUAAAAAUAAUUGAAGAUCCCAUUGAUUUCAGAUGGGUUGGGACCAUGACGUCUUUCAGAAUGCUGGAUUGUGAAUUAGGUGAGGCAGAUGCACAAAGUAUUGUUUCAAGAGGUGAAGCAUGUGUAUGUAUAAACCCAGAAAAUAUAAAUCUCUUUCAGCUUGGUGUCCAUUGUGUACUAUAUGGGGUUUUUUUAUCGAGCAUUUGUUGUGGAAAAGAAUCUCAUUUGGCUUGCGACAUUCAGAACCUUUCAUAUGGUUAAAUCAAAGUGAUUUAUUUUGUUCAUCUAACAAAUGAAA